CUUGUUAAUUCCCUUAACAUUGGAAAUCACAAGUUCAAAUUAUUUUCUUUCACAUCUUGAGAACAAUGGCCAAAACCCUUUUGAUGCUCACAACUAUUCUUUCUCUACUCAUCACUUUUUCACUUCACUUCCAAAUAGCCUUCUCAAUUGAUACAUAUGGUGAUAAAGAAGAGUACUAUAAACUUGAUUCCACAUUUCCUCAUUACAAAUCAAAAAGUAGGUUUUUGGCAACAGCAAUAAAAAAAGGUGCACAAUGCAAUCCUAUUGCUAAAAAUAUAUGUAAUGGGGUUUUAGCUAACAAGGGGACAGAGUUGUUACAAUGUUGCAAGAAAAAAUGUGUUAAUGUUGUUGGAGAUAUGAACAAUUGUGGUCAAUGUGGGAAUAAGUGUAAGCUAGGUGGAGAACGUUGUUGUGGUGGAGUUUGCAUUAACAUUUUGUAUAAUGAUAAUAAUUGUGGCAAGUGUAACAAAAAGUGUAAAGGUGGGGUUCGUUGUAGGAUUGGAUUUUGUGGGUAUGCAUGAAAUUUUAAGAUAUAGUACUAUAAAAUGCUGGAAUUUACUUAAAACAUUUUGGAUUAUGAUUGGAUUCUUUUAAUCAAUUGUUGCUUUUUAAUUUCUUGAA